AUGUCUCUCAAGAUUGACAAUCAAGACGAGCUGAGAGAGGCCCAGUCCUCCCUGUUCACCACCACAUCCACCAGCGAUUGGAUUCUCCUCAACUACGUCGGCCCAAGCACGGUGCACAUGGCGUCCUGCGGAGAAGGCGACGUCGCUGACAUGACCUCGCUUCUCGAGGCCGACCAGGUCCAAUACGCGGUGGUUCGCCUGGCGGUGCAGCAAGGCGGCGUGAGCGACACCAGGGAUGUCUUAGUCCGGUGGAUCGGCGCGGGCGUGGGCAGCGUCGAGAAGAACAAGAAGGAGGGCUUUCACAAGCAGGCCAAGGCGCUUUUGCAGCCGCACCAGGCCGAGGUGAUGGUCUACAACAAGGAGAAGCUGACCAAGGAAACUCUCAUGGAGCGGUCGGACCCUCAGUCGAAGAACAACACCAUUGAUGUGCCACUUGGCUCCCAGGCGCUCGAGGUCAAGUUUCUCAGGUUGCCAAAAGUACAGGCCAUGACCGUCGCCGAGGUCAACCCGAACAGCGAGCCAGAGCGCACCGUAGUGAAUGCAGUAGUCUAG